AUGUCUAUCAAGAAAAUGAAUAAUUUUUUUAAGGCUGAUAAGACACAAUCCAAUGAAAACAAGAAGUACCAGAGUUCGUUCAAUGGCAACCAACAAUAGUCGAUUAACAAUGCCCUGGAUUUAUUGCAGAACUAGUCUUAAUAGAGGAAGGGGAAUUUCAUGGAAGGCAUUUAAAUGCAGAAAAAGAACGAGGUCCAUUCCGAUUAGGAUUCAAAUAGCAGCAGUGAGGCUGGCUUAUUGCAAACUAAAAAGUUACAGAAAAUAAUGGAAGAGGAUUACGACAACGAAGGGUAAUCGGCUAAGAUGAGUGAAAGUACGAUCCAACGAUAUCAGCAUCUAAAGAAGUAGAGAGUUGGAAAUGCAAACAUUAAAUAUUAAGAUGAAAUUAACAAUAGCAAAAUGAACAAUUCUAAAACUUAUACGAAACAAGAUGACAGCAGACACUCUAAUAGUCAGGACAGUUUUGAACCAAACAUUCCAAUUUCUAGAAGACACACUGAUCGUCAAGAGCAAUUAGCAAAAUAAAUGAAUUAUUUCAAACCCCAAUAAUCUUCUUAAUAGGCUGUUUCGGAUUUCAAAUUAGAAAUCGGAAUCCAAGUCAGCCAAUUGGAUUCCGAUCAUUCCAAAUCCUCCAUUGAACAAUCCUCAGAGAUUUCCUCGAAGGAUUAUCAAAGGAAUGAAAAUCACAACCUCCUGAGAUUGUUGGAUAAAAACACUCAACCAAGAUUCUCUCAACAGCAAAGUCAACAAGGUAAUUAUGAUUAGACUUCUAAUUAACCAGAGCAAACCCAACUUAAUUUUGAAUAGAAUUGCAAUCCCAUUCUUAGUCAUUUGUCUAAGUUGUAAGCCAAUAACAUUCCUUAGAAGGCGAGGUUGAGUUUGUUUUCCCAGAAAACUGUUCCGAAUUCAGCUUCACAGCAAUAUUCUCAAUUUUCUUAACAAAAUCAAUUUUAAUACUGCAAACAGGGGAUAGUGUUGAAUACUUGCAAAUCACUAAGUGGAGACAUUUUCACAUUGAGACCCGGCAAUAAGGUGGUAGUAGUGAAGAUUGAUUAGGAGAAGAAGCUGAUACAAUGUGGAUAUCAAAAUAUGUUGGGGUUGUUCUAUCUCAGAGACAUUGCGAUAAAAGAUGAAUCACAAUAAAAUUCUAAGUUUCAAAUCAAAUCAAGAACUUAAUCUUCCUUCGAAAUGAAGUAUAAAGAAUUACUCAAUGACAAAUACAAUGCCAGAAGCAAAUCUCCUAACAAUAGAUCAUUCUAAGCACAGUCUAAAACACCGACUAAAAGGCCUUUUAUGAGGUUUUGA